UUCACCAUUCACUUUCCACUCGUCUCCUUCCUCUUGGUUCCUCCAUUUAACUUAACCUUUCUUCAAACUAUGGUUGAGUUUUUACUAUAAUCCAUAUUCAUUAAGUGGCAUUAGAUCUCGCUCCUAACGUUGCUAUCAUCAUAAUCUUUUUUCUCAAAUCCUUUUAAAUCUCCUCCUCCAAAACCCUAGAUCAUGAAUGUGGGUUAUACAAAUGUCAAGCCUUACCAUAAAUAGUAAAGAAAAAUAAAAAUAAAAAGUAAAACUUUGUGUUUAGAAAACCCAAAUCUCUGAUUGCCCAGCGUCCAUUUUAAGCCACUGUUUCGAUCUGCACAACACACAAACACACAACAGUCUCUCUCUUCUCUCUUCUCUCUCUCUCUCUUUCUCUAUCACUGAAACCCAAAGCCAUCCACCAUUUGUUCUUUUUUCCUUCACACACACUGUUUCCACGCUUCCUUUUUACUAGGCAGUGUUUAUUAACCAAUUGAGGAUUACAAAAAUGAUGGAUGGAGCUGCCUCUGCUGCUCAUGAUGUGGAAACCAAGGCCUCUACUUUAAUGGCAAGUGUUGAUCACCAUCAUCAUCAUCAUCAGCCCGGGUUUGGAUCCGGGUCGGGUCAUGAUCAUGGGUUAUCGGCGUCUGUGCCUCUUCUAGGUGUUAACUGGAAGAAGAGAAGGAUGCCUAGACAGAGACGAUCUUCUUCUUCCUUUAACCUUCUCUCUUUUCCUACUAUGCCUCCUUCUUCUUCCCACGUGCCUACUCCACUUCCCGCACGUAAAAUAGACACAAGAAAGCUAAGAUUCCUCUUCCAAAAGGAACUAAAGAACAGUGAUGUCAGCUCUCUCCGCCGAAUGAUACUCCCCAAGAAAGCGGCGGAGGCUCACUUGCCGGCGCUGGAAUCAAAGGAAGGUAUACCAAUAAGAAUGGAAGAUUUGGACGGUCUUCACGUUUGGACCUUCAAAUACAGGUUCUGGCCAAACAACAAUAGCAGAAUGUACGUGCUAGAAAACACAGGCGACUUUGUGAAUGCUCAUGGUUUGCAGCUAGGUGACUUCAUCAUGGUCUACCAAAAUUUUCACUCUAACACUUACGUGAUACAAGCAAGAAAGGCAUCAGAAGAAGAAGAAGACAUAACCAACGUUGACGAAGACGACGUUUACACAGACUUGACAAGGAUCGAAAAUACUGUGGUUAACGAUCUUUUCCUCCAAGAUUAUAAUCAUGAUCAUUACAACAACAACAACAACAACAACGAGAAAUGUUCUUUCAACUAUCCCGUCAUCGAUGAUAUCACCACCGCAACCACCACCCCGUCUUUCGUCUACGACACGACGGCUCUAACCUCCAACGACACUCCUCUCGAUUAUUUGGGUGGACUCACGACUAAUAAUUACUACUCCAAGUUCGGAUCAUUCGAGGGUUUUGGUUCCGUUGAGAAUAUAUCCCUCGAUGACUUCUACUAGUUCCGAUCGAUCGAUCAAUGGGCUCAUGAUGAAUAUUCUUGAUGGUGAUUAGCCUUUUUUUUUACUUAUAUUAAAAAAAAUUAAAUGCAUUUUGCAUAUCCUAUAAAGUUGUUUAAUAUAUAUUACAGUUUAUAUGAAGAUCAUAGCUUAGCUAGAUUGGAGUCAUGGAAGUGUCUUGUGUCUGAUGAAUAAAUGUAAUUUAUGUCGCGGCAAUAAUUUAUUAAUCCCUGCCCGACAUGAGAAAACAAAACACAAAGUUUUUUUUUAGAUU